CACACCAGGCAAUGCGUGUACAGGUCAAUGCAAUCUGAGCGAAGUCCUUCACGGCGUGAGACCAUAGUGUGGGAAGCGGAUGUAGGGAAGGGAUACGUUUUCUCGUCGAUGGGCCGCUUGGACGUCACGUCUUACGGUGAAGUGAAGUGUGCAUUCAUUACACUUGAGCGGUGCGCUAGGAUGCCGCCUCCAAGUCAUCCCUCCAGUAUAGGGCCUGAUGAAUUGAUAGGCUUCAACUGGACAUGGAAGAUCAGGGCAAGGGCAUCAAACCGAGGAGAUUUACCGAGCUCUUUUUGCCUAGAAGGCUCGAGCUCCGCUGUAUUUUCGACAUUAAGUCCAGGUGCACUCUUGGUACAUUGGUCAAACACGAACGACAGAUCAUUCGUAUGGUGGCUCGGAUCCCUUGAUAGAGAUGUAAAUCCUACAGUCAUCUCGAACCAUAACCUCACAGAAACCGAAGAAGAGAAGCGAUGGGCACCUUACCAAGCUCUUUCCCGCACGCACCUCUUCGUUGUUCGGCCCUAUAUGGACGACUCCAAUGAUGACACUCCGAGGACCCGAACACGGCUUAGCGCACUUCCCCUCGCUACCGUACAUGCAGGCACCCCCCACGUAUGUUCUUCAAGUGUAAUCGAUCGGUGCUACAUGAGGGACGUCUCCAUUCUGCGAGACUCGAUCGUCGACCUGACCACCGGCGAAACCGAGGUUGUGCUCAUCGGCCUUAGGAUCUUCGUCGCAACAGGAAGGGAUGAAUCGGAGCUAACGUUGAAUGGCGCAGCCGAACUCACAAUCCGCAUGCAGACAAUGAUGCAUUUCCCGUUCUCCGCGGACUGCAUUCUCGUUCAGCCGUCGUGGACGGGCUGUAGCAUGUUCACCUUCGCCAUCGAGAAGACGCAGGACGCGCGGAUCGGGGCGGUCCAGGCGAUGUACAAUGAUGAGACGCAGGAGGCGACGGCGAUCUGCACGUCGAACGUUGACUGUAUGGGCAUCGUGCGGGACAAAUUUUUUCAUAGACAGGCGAAGCUGUUGUCGUCCGAGAACGAGAUCUGGGAGGAGACGGAGGAUAGGAUUUUCAGUGUCCCGAGGAUUUUCUGCGUUCCGGACUUCGUUUGAGAUACUCUUACUAGUAGCGGAUCAGAUUUUUCGCGCUUUUAUUACGGACCGC